UGAUUGUAUCACUCAAGAACUGCACUUUCAGCCACAUGAACAAAGAUGAAAUUGUUGAAACCAGUUCCAAUCCUCCGGCUGACGGGGGUAUGGGUGCUUGUUCGUAUUUGUUUUCUCUCUCUUUCUUCUCCUAUGAGGGGACAUGCUAACAAGAACAUGCUAAUCAUAUUUUGAAUAUCACGCAUAGGAUAAGUCCCUCUCCGACGACAUGGAUCGUUUCGUCAAGCUACAAUCCCUAAACUGGUUCCUCCGCCAGGCCCUAAAACACAUGACCAUCACCUUCACAAUCACCGAGUCGGCAACAGCAACAACCCCAGCGACAGAAGACAGUAUACCGCCGUCCUCCCUCCAAGUAGACGUCGUGCACACAGCCACAGGCGGAAUCACCGGCACCACGGAGAAGCGCACCCUCGACUGGAAGCCGCACGUUCACCACGACUACGUUUACAAAACGCUUACCGUCCGGAGCCGUCUGAUUGCCGGCGAGAUGGACAGCGAUGGGCGGGUCCGGCCUGCUGUGCAACUACACGGUGCAUACCGUGAUAGAGGGCAGGUGCGUGAAUUCCUCAACGGCAAGGUCUCUGCGGACGGCAAGGAGGGUGAAGGGUUCUUGGUCGAGGAGUCAGGGUGUGCUCCUCUUGAGGAUGGUGCGGCCUUGGGCUGCUGGGUGCAUACUGUUUCGUGUAGUGAGGAAUCGGGGUGGAUGGUGGAGCAGAUAUGGGGAUUUGAGAUGAUCGACGGGGAACGCUACCAUACGCGACGGGGUGUGGUCGCUGAUCAACAUGGUGAUUUUGCUUUAGCGAGGGCGGUUUGUAGAUGGCAGGGUCCAGUGGGCGUUACUGGUGAAUGAGAAUCCGACGGCAACGUUGCUUGAGAAGGAGCGGAUGGGUACAGUAGAUGAUAUAUAUAUAAUUAGGUGAUACCGUGGGAAUGGAGAUAUAUUAUACAU